AUGCACGCAAACAGAUUGGCUUGCAUCAGAUGCGUGUCUUUGAGCAGGGUCGGUGCUGUGGUCGUCCAACCACACAGCGAAAUGGCCGAUUUGGGGGUGAUUUUCAUGCAUAAUGAAGGGUACAGCACCAUGUGUGGCCACGCUGUCAUAGCACUCGGCCGCUACGCUGUCGACUCGGGCCUUCUCAGCACGGACGUGUCGCGCUCCAGUGUGGGUGAAGUACCUGUCUUCAUCGAGUGUCCUUGCGGCGUGGUGAAAGCCCUGGUCGAUAUAGAAGAAGGCAAAUCGGGCCGUGUGCGUUUCGUUUCUGUUCCAGCUUUUGCGUUUGGGCUCGAUGUGGAGGUAAACACGGAGAAAUUUGGCCAGGUAAAAGUUGAUAUAGGAUUUGGCGGAGCGUUCUACGCCAUAGUUCCCGCGCAUCGUUUGGGUGUCGACGUGCGUUCGUCCCGACUCGCCGAUAUCGUGGAAGCUGCUAUUGCGAUUACCAACGCGGGGAAAAGUCAAAUAAGGCUGCAUCACCCAGACAGUGAGGAACUAGCUUUUCUUUAUGGUACUAUCGUUACCGAUGGGAAAGAUAUGUUUAAUAGCGACUUACAAGAGGCAACAGCGAAUGUUUGUGUCUUUGCAGACAGUGAGGUGGAUAGGAGUCCGACAGGAUCAGGGGUGACAGCCCGCAUUGCAGUACAGUAUGCACGCAAACAGAUUGGCUUGCAUCAGAUGCGUGUCUUUGAGCAGGGUCUGGUUGGUUCAACAUUCACUGGUCAGGCUGUGAAGGAAACCAAGGUUGGAGACUUUGAUGCAGUUCAUGUAGAAGUUGCAGGCAAUGCAUAUUACACUGGGAAAUGCACAUUCACAGUGGAAAAAGAUGAUCCCUUUAGAGAAGGAUUUCUUCUUAAAUAAUUACAAAAUAUUAGUUAAGGGAAAGAAAAUAUGAUAUUUCUUUGGAAAUUAAUUACUUUAAAUGCAAUGUAGGUAUUAGGGUGCCUUAAUUUCCCCCCAUUUUUUCUGUUUAAAUGAAUGUAUGAAAAUGCCAAGUAGAAGGGACCUUAAAUUUUUACUUAUAAUUAAAGAAGUUGCUUAUCAUUUGCACAUAAAAAUUAAACAUUGAAUGUCUUGAGUCACUGGAAGUAGAUUUUUCCAAGUAACCCUAUAUCACUUACUAAAAACCAUACAGUAUCUAUCUUUAAAAAAAAUACUUUUUAACUCAAAACUCCUAUAUAUAUGCCUUAUAAUUGAGGCUUACAAAAAGCCCCAGGACUGAAAUGACCCAACAAAGAAUUAUGCUCAGCAGUCUCUGUGUUUCCGCACAACUUUAAUAAAAUUUAAUGGUAUGAGUGCCUGUCAGAUUCUUGCAAAACAAAAUUAUUAUUCUAUAUUUAAUAUAUACUUGUAUAUUUUAGUCCUUUCAAAUUGCUUACAGUGGAGCAGUAGUCACAUAACUCUGCUUUUCUUCCAAUUGAAGGCGGAAGGUGAUCUUUGAAAAUGUUGAGUUUAGCUCAACCCUUCACACCUUCACAUCAGCUUACAAGAAGAAUUUGUUUAAGGAACAAGAGCCUCUAUAGUUGGCGAUUAUGUCCUUUGUUCUUGUGACUUAUAUGUAUGAUUCAAUGGUGAUAUUGUGAGGCGAAAUUAGAUGCUUGUCAUUCUGAGAGUCAGGGCUUGACACUAACAGAAGCCAACUAGUGACACCCUUACCAAAUCUACAUUAUGUGUGACAUAUAUGUGACAUAGGUUCAAUCGUUACCAAAUCUUACCAAAUCUACAUUAUGUGUGACAUAUAUGUGACAUAGGUUCAAUCGUUGCACAUAUAAUUAUGUCACAUAUAUGUGCAUAUGUGACAUAUAGUUAAAAUGCUACAGUCAUUUCUAGAUAUAUGUCACAUAUGUCUGCAUAUAUGCGUCAUAUAUGAAAAUUGGCAAGGAUGAAAACAUAUAUGUAACAUGUAUGCAAGUUUGCACAUAUAAGUAGCAUUUAUGUUUGCUCAUAUUUAUAGAUAUAGCCUUGCAUGGACUGAUACAGUAAAUUGAGGAGUCCCUAAUUCCAUUGUAGGGUUCAAAUAUUACAUGAUGCAGUGCUGUUUUCAUUUUUAUUACACUGUAUGAAUAAUAAACUUAACAUGGAAAAGUGCUUAUAUCAAUCUCUAUAUGCAGACUAGUAGAAAUUCGGUUUUGGCUAGUGGUUUUCCAUUUCCACUAGCCAGUUUGGCUAGUAAACAAACUGAAAUUGUUGUAACAUCUAAGUCACCAGCCACAAGUGUUGAGUCCCAGAAGGGUCAAAGGGUUAAGUACUAAAUUUGAAACUGUGUACAGUUGAAUGCUAGUGCUCAAGUUACUUGUGUGUACAUCUCUUUUUGUUCACCUUCAACCUUUUUUCUUUAGGUAAAGCACUAAAAGGAAAAUUUAGAGGUAACAUAUAUAUAUAUAUAAUUUUUUUUAUG